GCAGAAAGGCCCAGCCGUGUUUCUGGGAAAGCCCUCCUCCCGUCUGUGCUUACUCAGAGGAGAGGCCCCACACCCAGAGACACCAGCGGUGACCUGCACCCGCCCCACCGGCCUGCCCACCGCAAAUAAAGUGACCGCCCUAAAUGCGCCGGCUGUAGGCAGCUGCUUUCAUUAGCUCUGCACUUCCCCCCAGUUAGUCUGAGAAUUACCCCAACCGCAGUCUCUUCCCGCAGUCCUGGGAGACUGUUGGGCUGCAUGAUUUGAGAGGAGCCAGGCCUGGGCACACAGAAGGCUCAGCAGUCAUGCCAAGUCAGUCCUCCCUGCUGACCUCAGAACCAAGAAGUAGUUAAUCAGGUUCUCUGAAGCCUGUUUCUGUGCUAGAGCCCCUGCACCUCUUGCCAGAGCAGUCAGCUUCUGCACCUAGGCCAGCCUUUCAAAAUUCUUGCCUUGUUUUCCUGGGUCAUUCUGACCUCCCUGCUGUUGGAGAAUGUAUUUACCGGGCAGUCAAAGAUCUAUACCUACAUGAGCCCGAACAAAUGCUCUGGAAUGCGUUCCCCCCUUCAGGAAGAGAACUCAGUUGCACAUCAUGAAGUCAAAUGCCAGGGGAAGCCAUUAGCCGGAAUCUACAGGAAACGUGACGAGAAAAGAAACUCUGGGAAUGCAAUACGAAGCACCGUGAAGUCCGAGGAACAGAAGAUCAAAGACGCCAGGAGAGGCCCCCUGGCACCUUUUCCAAACCAAAAAUCUGAAGCAGCAGAACCUCCCAAAACCCCGACCUCGUCUUGUGAUUCUCCCAAUGCAGCUGCUGCCAAGCAAGCCCUGAAAAAGCCCAUGAGGGGCAAACAGGCCCCCAGGAAAAAAGCUCAAGGAAAAACGCAACAGAAUCGCAAACUCACGGAUUUCUACCCUGUGCGGAGGAGCUCCAGGAAGAGCAAAGCUGAGCUGCAGUCCGAAGAAAGGAAAAGAAUUGAUGAAUUGAUUGAAAGUGGGAAGGAAGAAGGCAUGAAGAUUGACCUCAUUGACGGCAAAGGCCGGGGUGUGAUCGCCACCAAGCAGUUCUCCAGGGGUGAGUUCGUGGUGGAGUAUCAUGGGGACCUCAUCGAGAUCACCGAUGCCAAGAAGCGGGAGGCUCUGUAUGCACAAGACCCCUCCACGGGCUGCUACAUGUACUAUUUUCAGUAUCUGAGCAAAACCUACUGUGUGGAUGCAACUCGAGAGACAAAUCGCCUAGGAAGACUGAUCAAUCACAGUAAAUGUGGGAACUGCCAAACCAAACUGCACGACAUCGACGGCGUGCCUCACCUCAUCCUCAUCGCCUCCCGAGACAUCGAGGCCGGGGAGGAGCUCCUGUAUGACUAUGGGGACCGCAGCCGGGCUUCCAUCGAAGCCUACCCUUGGCUGAAGCAUUAACCCAAUGGCCCCUCCCCCCUCCCCCACCCCAUCUUUAAUGGACAAAGUGCCCUCAAAAGGGAAUUGAUUUUUUUUUUUUACACACUUAAUCUUAGCAGAUUACUUCAGAUGUUUUUAAAAAGUAUAUUAAGAUGCCUUUUCACUGUAGUAUUUAAAUAUCUGUUACAGGUUUCCAAGGUGGACUUGAACAGAUGGCCUUAUAUUACCAAAACUUUUAUAUUCUAGUUGUUUUUGUACCUUUUUUGCAUACAAGUCGAACGUUUGUGCUUCCCGUGCAUGCAGUCAAAGACUCGGCACAGGUUUUAGAGGAAAGAGUUGAACAUGAACUAGGAAGCUGGGCGAUGCUCCUGUCUCCAGCUGAAGAGCCAGGACUCUCUCCCCCACAUCCCGACAUCCCAGUGCAGGUGGGUGCCAGGAAGACGCCGCCUCCCCACAGCCUGGAUGGGAUGUCCCCAAGCUCUUGUUCUCCUGACAUCUCGACAGGCGCACAUUGAAGUGUAUGAAUAUUUUUUAAAAGGUUUCACAGUAAAGAUAGUCUUCCCCUCUGCUUUCUCGAAAGCUUACCGACCCAGUGGCUCACGGGCCGGGGCUAGAUUUACUCUUCCACGGGCUGCCGCUUUUCCAGGCACCUCGAAGCAUCAGGGCGGGGAAUCAAAGCAGAUGUGGGCAGGGACGAGCAUUGCUUACCUAGCCCUGCCAGGGCAGAGUUUCCCAAAACUGGGUUAAUUUCUUUAUAGAAAUGUGAACACUGAGUUUAUUUUAAGAAAAUAAUAAAAAUCAUAAAACAAAAAAGAAAAAAAAAAACCACAGAAGACAACUUACAUGUAUAUAGGUCUUGAAGUGAGUGAAGUGGCUGCGCUUUUGUUUUGGCUCCCCCCCCCUUGGUUUUGUUUUUAUAGAAGAGAUUUGAGAUGGUACACUAUUCUAAUCAAAAAUAAAGUUUUGUAGUGGGACCAGAAAUUACUUACCCAAUUCUCCACCCCCAUCCCCCACCCCAACCUGAUUCUGCUGGGCUGAAAGUUCCAGAUUUGCUGUCAAGGCUUUUGUUUGUCAGACCACCUGGUGUACAUCCUGUGAAGGUGCAGCCAUGAACUGAAGGAUGAGCCUGUAAGUGGCAGAGUGCAGGGCCUCUACCCCAGCUGCCAGGCUGCAGGGGAUCAUGGCUGAGGGUAAAGUCUUUGACUGUGAUGGCAGGAGGAGCAGGUGGCUUCCUCCUAAAGGGGGACCCAUUCCCACAUUCUGCUAACCUGUAGUUCAGGGACCCUGGAUCCGUGGCCUGGGGUCUCCUGGUCCUCUUGCUCCCAGGUAAAUGUGAAUGGAAACAGGUAUGAGAGCCUGUCCUCAACAUUGAUGCCCCCCCAACCCUGGCCUCACGACGGUGCUACCUAAGAAAGUCUUCCCUCCCCACCCCCCACUUGCCUGGUCAGUGGUCAGUGAAUUGGAGGAGGAUCCGAUGGGAGUGUGUAAAUGUGAGAUAAAAUGUCUUGGUUGUACCUGUUUGUGGUUUAGCUUUGUAUUUAAAGAAAAAAGGAAAUAAACUUGAAAAUUAUUUGUCAUCAUAAAAAUGAAACAAAUUAAAAUAUUUAUUGCCAGGCGA